AUGCAAACCGAUGAGUCGCCUCAGGUGAACUCUUUAAUAUAUGUUUCCAGUAGUGGUGAAGAGUUGUGUUUACACUCGUUGCUUAGAAACAAGACAACUCAAACUUCCUUUUCCCUUACCAUUGGCCAGUUGCGUCUGACGUCAUGCCGUAACCCGGAUGACCGACGCGCGGUGAUGCUGCUGCUGCUGCGCAUGUGCCGCUUCAUGAGCAAAACAGUGAUCAUGUCCUCUGAAGAGCUGCUGUCGGUAGAUUAUGAGGUGUUUGGGAGGGUGCAGGGUGUGUUCUUUCGGAAGUACACCCAGUCAGAAGGAAAGAGGCUGGGUCUGGUGGGCUGGGUGCAGAACACUGAUGCGGGGACGGUUCAAGGGCAGCUGCAGGGUCCCGCCUCCAAAGUCCAGCAAAUGCAGCAGUGGCUGCAAACCACGGGCAGCCCUCAGUCACGAAUUGCCAAAGCAGAGUUCAAGAACGAGCGGGCCAUCGACAAACUGGACUUUAAGGAUUUCAAAGUUGCUCGUUAAUGACAGAACAACUCAAUUAGUAUUUAUUAACAUAUACUACUUAUUUAUUUUCUUUUUGACCUAUGGUCUGUUACUGAUAAAUAUGAGGAAAAACCAUGCACCGCAGUGCAUCUCUUUUUUUAUUUCCAAAAUGCCUCCUUAUUGACAUUAUAUAACAUCUGUUGUAUAAUUUGAGUUCUGUACAUGAAAAUACCUUCCUGAUGUAACAAAUAAUAUACAAUAUAGACUCAAUGUCCAUGUUCACUCCUGUUUCUUUAAUGUAUUUCUGUUUUAUGGCUUAGCUUUCAUUCACACAUUAUUGUUUCUUUAUUUCAGAAUGCAAUAAUGGUUGUUUUUACUAUAUAUAUAUUAGUAUUUUAAUUUCAACUAAACAUAAAUGAAUUAGUAGAGGAGGGUUUAAGUGUGUGUCUUUCAAAAACUAUAUAUAUAUAUAUAUAUAUACAGUGGGUACGGAAAGUAUUCAGACCCCCUUAAAUGUUUCGCUCUUUGUUAUAUUGCAGCCAUUUGCUAAAAUCAUUUAAGUUCAUUUUUUCCUCAUUAAUGUACACACAGCACCCCAUAUUGACAGAAAAACACAGAAUUGUUGACAUUUUUGCAGAUUUAUUAAAAAGAAAAACUGAAAUAUCA